UUCAAGAAUGUAAGCAAGAAAUUGAGCUUUAUAUCAAACAGACACUUUUGCAAAUCUCAUACCUCAAUUCCUGAACUCGAACUUGUUCGUUAUGAAGAACGUCAUGAAGCCCGGAAACGGCAAGAGAUUCACCGUUAUAUCUCUCGUCUUCAUUGCGUUCUUGUUCACUUUCGCGUCCAUUAAUCAAAUACGUUUCGACCAUCUUUCAAACUUCAGAAGAUGUGCUAUCUCCCCAUCUUUAUCAAACGACUCUUCGCUAUCCAUGAAGUCAUCAGACGACGAGAUCCGAAUCCUCCUCGGGAUCCUAACACUCCCGGACCAGUACCAACGCCGCCAUUUCCUCCGGCUUGUUUACGGGACGCAGUCCGUGGUCGGAGCAAGAAUCGACGUGAAGUUUGUUUUCUGCAACCUAACGAAAGAAGACCAGAAGGUUUUAGUGGCACUUGAGAUAAUGCAAUACGAUGAUAUCAUAAUAUUGAACUGCCAAGAGAACAUGAAUAAAGGGAAGACUUACACCUACUUCUCGAGCUUACCGGAUAUGCUGAUUGACAACUCCGAGGCGGCCAACGGUGGCGGAAGGCGGCAGCAAUACCCACCAUACCAUUACGUGAUGAAGGGUGAUGACGAUGCGUAUUUCCGGCUGAACGAGUUGGCAGAGAGCCUGAUCCCGCUACCAAGAGAAGACUUAUACUACGGCUAUGUUAUCCCCUGUCCUAGUAUGGAUCCUUUCGUGCAUUACAUGUCGGGAAUGGGAUAUUUGGUAUCAUGGGAUAUCGUUGAGUGGUUAAGAGAUUCGGAUAUCCCGAAAAAACACUUAGAAGGGCCCGAAGAUAAAGUUUUUGGAGAUUGGAUUCGAGAGGGACGACGUGGGAAAAAUCGGCAUAACGCUAAGUGGUCUAUGUAUAAUUAUCCAGAGCCGCCAACAAGAUGUACACACGAGCUUUGGCCCGACACAGUGGCCGUACACCUUUUGAAGACGCAAGAAAAGUGGAUACGGACAUUGCAGUACUUUAACGUUACCCGAAAUAUGAAACCUUCAAAACUGUACCAUAUACCUUAGUUGAUGAUGAUGAUGCUAUACUACUACAUUCUAACCAUUUUUUGCUGGAAUUUUUCACAGUAAACAAUAAAGAUUUGAUUUUAUUGCUAAUUUAUAGUUCUUAACUUCUUAUGUUACUAUCUUGCUGAUUUGAUGUAUU